AUGCAUCCCAGCUCUACUGCACCCAUGGACGUCGCCGCACAGUCCCCGCCGCCCCCACCGCAUGAGAAGGUGGUCGCGAGGCCGUACAAGUGCCCGUACCCGCUCUGCGGCCGUGCCUUCAGCCGCCUCGAGCAUCAGACCCGUCAUAUUCGGACACACACUGGCGAGAAACCGUUCGAGUGCACGUUCCGCGGCUGCGAGAAGCGCUUCUCACGCUCCGACGAGCUCACGCGCCACUCGCGCAUACACAACAACCACAACCACGAUAACAACUCCUCCGCACCGAGCGGGAGCGGGACCAGGACCAAGGCGAAGGCGAAGGUCGAGCAUGACGUCGAGGAUAGCAUGGAAGUGGAGGUCCCCCGGGCGAGUGGGAGGAGCGACGUCGAACUGGAGAGAGCGCGAGAUUCGAACUUUAGAGUGCAGAAGAAGGCGAGGAGUCGAGCGAACAGCGAUGACGAGGAUGAAUCGUAUGGGAGGCCCACAGCGCUGUACCCAUCCGACAUGCAAGCUGUGGAGCAGCCAAUGUACGCCAUGAGACGCAUACGCUCCGCCGACCAUUCCUUCCCAUUAUCGGCGAACCCGAACGCCUUCACGACUCUGUCCAGUGUCGCCGUGGAAGAGCUUUAUGCGCUAGAGCGGACGGAAGCCCUUCGGAGAGCCGAGUACGAGCUUCGUCACACAGAGGCCCUCAGGCGGGCCGAGUACGAGGCGCGACAUGCGGAAAUGUUAUCGCUCCACGGGAGACUGUCCAAGAGCGCAUCGACGACUCCGAUAACGACGCCAUUCUACCCCACAUCGCAUGGCGAUGACGGAGGUUACUUCGGGACCUCGAGGGAGCGGGAGCGGGUCUACGACGAUGACCAGCCCAUCGAGAUGCGCAGCGGACACCGUGAACGGCGUAUGAGUGCCUCGUCAACACGGCGGGAGCAGCACACGCACGUGCCUGGGCAUGUCGUCGAUGCAGCAUACCCCCACCUGCGCCAUAGUCAAGCGCAUCCCCACCCUCACGGUUCGUGGAGCCACCCGUACCACCAUCCCGCACAUGCGCCCCCUGCCCCACAUCGCCACGCCCACGUCACUCACGAAGACUCGCCGUCUCCCAUCAGUUCCGAUUCCGACUCUCUGCAGGCGGCACACUCCCCGCUGAACGGCCUCGCCACGGCGGUGCAGACGCCCUACGUGAAGCCGCCCGCCGCCGAGUUCUCGUUCACACCGUCUACGAGCCCCUUCCUCGGCGGGCUGCGCACGCUCAAUAUCCACUCGGGCGCGCCCUCGCGCGCACCCUCGCCCUUCCGGCUGCCGCCGCCCGGCCUCGACCCCCUCGAGGACUUCAGCAUGUACGAGGCGCGCAUGCGCGAGCGCAGGACGAGCAUCGCCGGGAGCCCGCCGUCGGGCGGCAUCAGCGGGCGCAUGGCGAAGCGCGGCAGCGCGGGCGACCUCGUGGCGUACGCGCCCUUCGGCGGCGACCACCACGCGCUCGCGCACUCCGCGAGCACGGGCUCCGGCUUCCAGGUGCCGUACGCGGGCGAGCGCACGCUGCCCCCGCUGCCGACGCCGCAGCUGUCGAGCGGGCCGAGCAGCAGCGGCAGCAGCCCGCGCAGCCACACGCACCCGCUCGCGGUCGGGAGCGCGUCGAGCUCGCGCGCGCCGUCGCCGCAGGCACGCCUGGCGCACCCCGUGCGCGAGCCGAACCCGGGCCCGGCGCACCAUCACCACCUCGCGCACUCGGUGCGCGUCGCGUUCGGGAUGACGCCGAUCCACCCGCGCGGCGGGGCGGGCAAGAAUCCCCCGCCGCCGCCGGCGCACUACGCGCACGACAUGGCGCCGCCACCGGAUUUCGCCUCUGCGGCAUCUGUGCCCGGGUCGCGCUCGUGCUCGCCGCCGAUUACACUUCCGCCGAUCAAGCUCCGCUCGUCGCCGUCGUCGCCGACGCGGCGUGCGGCGUCGGAGGGUGUUGCGGAGGCGUCUGUGGAGAAGACGAACCUCGAGCGGGGGAAGGUCGAGUUGCCUGGGUUUAGCGAGCUCGCUGCGGCCAGCGGGUAUCGCAGGCCUUCGGUUACUGCUGUGGAGGCGUCGCCGUAG